AUGACUGCGGUUCGGAUGGUUCGGAUUCCUCCGGAUUCACCGAUCAAACCAAAAAUAUUGACCCACGGAGCUUCCCGCCGGGCCGCCUUUAUCAGGAAGUACAGGAAACGACGUCAGAGUGCUGCAGCGGAAGCGUUCCUACCGGAAACUAGAGACUCCGACGGUUCCGACCUGACCCGAGUGAACGACACAGAAAGCUUUCACCGCGUGUUCCUGUCAGUGCAGACCUGGGCUCAGUCUCUGGUUUACACUCUGGAGGAACUCGAAUGUAAAAUCUGCUACAACCGUUACGACACGCGCAGCCGGAAACCCAAACUGCUGGGCUGCCUGCACCGAGUCUGCGCCAAGUGUCUGAAGAAGAUGGUCGACAUGGGCGAGUCUUCACCCUCCAUCAUCAGCUGUCCCUUCUGUCGCCAUGAGACGCACAUCCCCGACGAGGAGGUGUGGCUGAUGGAGGACGACCGACACAUCCUGGCUGUGCUGUCCUGUCAGGACCGAGCUCGGCGAGGAGCGGCAGGAGGUGGAGGGGAGGUGGUGCUGAGUCCCACCGGUCUCACCGGAGGACCAGGAGGAGGCGUGGACGUGUCUCACCGCUCCUCAGACUGCCUGGUCAUCACCAUCAUGGAGCUCCCUGAGGAGUCUCCGUCCUCUGACUCACUGAGCAUGCUCAACGUGGUGGGUCUGUACCGCCCCCCCAGCCUGGACUCGCUGCCCUGCAACCUGCCGGCUCAGAAGUGUCGCGCCUGGACGUCCCGCAGCAUCCCCCGCUGCCUGCUGGGGGCGCUGUGUCUGGUGUACUUCAGCUCGCUGCCUCUGGGGAUCUACCUGCUGAUGAUUGGUCAGCUGUGGCUAGGCGUGGUCCUGGUCAGCCUGGUUCCCUCCACGCUGCUGCUGCUCGUCCUGUACGGCUUCUGUCAGUGUCUCUGCCAUGAGCUGAUGGAGGUGCUCGCUGCACGUGCACACUCGCUGCCAUGACAACGUUAGCAUCACAACACGCUGCCAUGAUGACGUUAGCAUCACGACACGCUGCCAUGACGACGUUAGCCUCACGACACGCUGCCAUGACGACUUUAGCAUCACGACACGCUGCCAUGACGAAGUUAGCAUCACGACACGCUGCCAUGACGACAUUAGCAUCACAACACGUUGCCAUGAUGACAUUAGCAUCACGACACGCUGUCAUAACGACGUUAGCAUCAUGACACGCUGUCAUAACGACGUUAGCAUCAUGACAUGCUGCUAUGACGACGAUAGCAUCACGACACGCUGCCAUGACGACGAUAGCAUCACGACACGGUGCCAUGACGACGUUAGCGUCACCACACGCUGUCAUGACAAUGAUAGCAUCACGACAUGCUGUCAUGACGACGAUAGCAUCACGACACGCUGCCAUGACGACGACAAAAUCACAACAGCUGCCAUAACGACAACAGCAUCACACUGCCAUGAAGACAACAUCAUCACACGCUGCCAUGACAAUAAAAACACACAAUGUAGCCAUAGCAACAGUGACGACACCACAACAACAGCAUAACAGCAGUGCAACCCACAAAGAAACAACAGAACAAAUGAAGGAAUCGUAGAACGUUAGCACCAGAAACACAAUCUAACCUGAACACUCACCUGUAGACCCGUCACUCCGACAUCACUCUGACAUCACUCUGACCUGCCCCCUCUGAAUACCAGCACCCUGCCCCCUUUCUUAAACGACAGCCAACCGGAGCAGGACCAGGUGAUGACAUCAUCACAGAGAAGAGCUGGCGACUGUGAUGUUUUUACAGCUGAUCGUCAGCUGAUCAGCACAGAGGACGUUACAGGACAGCUGUCAGCCAAUCAGAGGACACCUGUCUGUCUGUGGACAUUAAAGCUGUGACAGAAUGUAAAUAACACAUUCAAUCAUGUUGGAAACAAACUGAGAAGACGUUCUAACUAACGUGAUUAACAUGCUGUAAAAACACUGUUUAAUACGUAUGUCCUCAGAUAAAACCUGUUGGUCCGUUAAUCAGUCUUUGAUCAGUCUGUGAUUAUGUUUGGGGGCGUGGUCUAACUCCUGCUGUCUGCCCUGUAACCUGCAUGUCAGUUAAACACGAUGACCUGCAGCUCUGUGGUCAUCUGUCACUUCGUUUUCAGAGAAUAUUUACAAUAAAUGUUCCAUACAU